AUGGACAAAUAUCAAGUUUAUCACUAUUACAAGCACCAUGAGCCAAUGAACAUGCAUCUCUACUGGACCUACUCUCUGCUGGCAAUAAUUUUUGUCUGCUCAUCGGCCAUUCCCCUUUAUCUACAAUACUCCGCAUCUGGAGAUAUGCCAACAGUAGCAGCGAUAAGUGAGAAUGAGGUUCAAUGGCAUUUGGAGCAGGAAAUAGCUCAGAUAAAAGCAAAAACUAGAAGAAGAAGAAAGAAAAAGAAGAAGGGAGGAUCGAUAUCAAUUUUAGUAAAAGACACCCGCGUAGCCUCGAAAAUUGACAGCAGAUAA